AUGGCGUCUUCAGAUAGGCACAGGGAACCCCACCUGGUCAAGAGACUCAGGGUUCCUGUAUCUGCCAAGGGUCAAGGGCCUAGUCAAAUUAGUGGAUUUAUACAGAGUUCUAGCAGGCAGGAAGUGGAAGGUCAGAACCACUCAGAUACCAACUUGCCUGACAUCCUGCGCCAUGUGUUUCUAAAUGAUAAGUUAAAUAAAUUGGUACCAUUCCUGCUCCGCAAGUAUCAAAAGAAGCAGCAGGUCACCAUGGAAGAAAUGAUGCACAUUGUGGAUGAAGAUUACCGUGAGCACUUCUCCCUGAUCUUCAGGGAUUUCUGUGAGUGCAUGUGUCUGGGCUUUGGCAUUGACGUAAGGGAAAUAUAUCCUCUUAGCCGCACGUAUGUCCUUGUCCCCUUAUUGGGCCUCACUUAUAAUGGAUUACUGAAUGAUGAUGAUGAUGAUAACUUUCCUCAAAUCAGUGUCCUGAUAGUCAUCCUGACCAUCAUCUUCAUAAAAGGCAACCGUGCUAGUGAGGAAGACAUAGCAGAAGUACUAAGAAUCAGGAGGAUGUUAGCUCAAAAGGAUAAUAUUUCAAUUGGGGAGCCCUGGAAAUUCAUCACUGUGGAUUUGGUGAGGGAACAGUACCUGGAGUAUCAGCAGAUUCCUAAUAGUCACCCUCCUCGCUAUGAGUUCCUGUGGGGCCCAAGGGCCCAUGCUGAAACCAGCAAGAUGAAACUCCUAGAGCAUUUGGCCAGGCUUCAUAGAAAAGAUCCCAGAUCCUACCCAGUUCUGUAUGAUGAGGCUUUGAGAGAGGAGCAAAGUAUGGCCAGGGCCCCUGAAUGGGCAAUGUGGAUGCCAGGCCCAUGGAAUGUCCCAAUACCACCUCGCUAG